GCCCAUUUUAACUUCCUCAAAAAAGUUAGGCCCUUCAAAUGUUUUGGUUUCAAAGGCAAUAGCUCGCCGACUUGGUCUACAAGCUGCAGUGCUUCAAAGUGGAAGGAGAUUCAAAGUUGCUUAUUAAUUGUAUCUACAAGAAGAUUGGUAUUCCCUAGCGUAUACGAGUUCUUGUCCAUGAUAUCAAACAUCUGGUUGUUCAAUUCUAGGAUAUUGAAUUCAGGCGAGAGUUGCAGAUGUUCUAGUUAAUUUAGUCCACUCAGUUAAUACUGCAAGCUGACAUCAAGGUCUUCCUCCUAAUGCUUUUAAAUUUGAUUUUCAAGGAGUAGGUUCACCAAGUUGUAUUAAGAGUUUUAGUCUGUAGUUUUUUUUUCGCAUACAAAAAAAAAACAUAAUUAAAUUUUUUUUUUAAAAUUUACUAACGAAACAAAUAAUCCGAAAAAUCAACGAUUCGAGUUAUUAGAAUUCAUUGUAAUUAUCGAAUCGAUGAGGUCCACACUUGAGUUGUUCCUGUAAGGGUGUGGAUAUGAUAUAUUAGCAUAUGUGUGCCCUGGUUAAAGUAACCGAAUGGAAAUGGAGUCCGUAUUUGCUGCAGGAGCAGGAGCAGGAGCAUCCCAAUUGCUCCGUCCCAGGGUCGCACCUCAGAUUCCCAUCGCUCUCAAACUGAGCGCCGCCGCCGAUAAAGCGCCUUUUGAUUUCAGGUUCAAGAAGAACGUUUUAAAUUUGCAAAUAAGGGAAAGAUGGCAAGCUGUGUCUGCAUCAAAAUCUAACCUUCCAGAUGGGGAUUCCAUCGAAGAUAAAUCAGGCAGGGUUAAAAGUGGUGAUGCUCCCCAAGGCCCUCCUUUCCUUACCAUCUUGGCUGGAUUUCUAGUCCUUUUACUGGUAUUCUGGAUUCUUGGAUCAAUUCUAAUGUGGUUGAUUAGUUUCUUUGUUCGGAACUAGGGGACUAUCUUUAUUAACUUUUGUCUUUAAGCAUGUACUCAUCUAGAAUUAUCAUCAAUGAAGACGCUCUAUUUUAUUUCAA